UUGUUCGUCAAAAACGGGAGUGUCAAAUGUAAAAUGACAUUUAGGUCAAUUUAGAUGGGAAAAUAUUUAUUUAAAACGAUUUAGAAAACACGUUGGAAAAUGUCCGAUGACGAAUUAAUAACUUUGGCCAAAAAGAAAUCCGAAGCCCCACCACCCCGGCGGAAGCCCAAGAAGAUCGUCAUACCGCGACGUGAACCUUCGACAGUGGUGCCGCCCCGCGUCCCCGUGUACAUCACCCCGGACAAGACCGUCUGCGUGGAAUGCCCGUGCUUCCCGCCCGAGGAUCCAUACGCUAAGAAUAAGAAAUUGAAUCCGUGUCAAAAGUCACCGAGGACGUUGUACGAAUUAUCAGCGGAGGUCGUUGACCGCUUGGGAUUCCCGCCGGCUUUGGAUUGGUCGGAAAACGAGGUGGCCGAUUGGCUGGCGACCGAAGUGGGAUUCCCGGAAUACAAGGAUUGCAUCUUGGACAACCACAUAAACGGGAGUCGCCUGAUAAUGCUCGAAGAUUCGUUUGCGCUGACAGAAAUCAAUGUAAAGAACUUCGACCACAUAAAGGUGAUAACAUCAAAAGUAAGAGAACUCUACAAAAUGGAGUUCGUAAGAUUCUGUCGCAGCGUGGGCCUGGUGCCGAGGAGACCACUCACACACUGCACCUGGUUCAGGUCAAGGACGGGGCCGAGUUGGGGGAUCAGGCAGAAUUGGACCAGAAGCGACGUGCUCCGUUGGAUGAAGAUCGUCGGACCUGCACCAGUUUAUAUGGACCACUGGGAUCUGGUUUGGUACCAAAAGCCUGAAUUCCCAAAAACGCUGUUCGGUCGUGUUGAUCGCAGACAGAGCUUUCUUCAGAUCCCGCGCUAUAAGCCCACGGAUGACGUCUGCAGGGAAUAUUUGGCACCAAGAAAAUUCAGAAUCCAAAAAGGUAUACCAGAGUCCCAGCAAUACAUCUGGAUGGAGCACAGGCCGGAGCCGAAGAAACCGAAGAAGACCAAGAAGACCCAAAAGAAGGAGUCGAGGCUCAUGCCGAAGAAGAUCAGUUUGACCGGCCUCACCGGGACAGAAUUCAUAUUGGCGAAGCGAAAGAUGCCCAAACCUAAGUUUUUGGACUAAACACUGAAAAUAUUUACCGUAUC